UUUCUCUUUCUAAUUUUGGUGUCUUGAAUUGCACUUUUCAACUAUACACCCUUUUGAAAAUCAUAAUAUUAAUUCAUUUUUUCUAUAGCAAGCUUUGUUAAAUAUGGGAAGAUCACCUUGUUGUGAUAAUAAAAAUGGACUCAAAAAAGGUCCAUGGACAAAUGAAGAAGAUAAUAUGCUUAUCAACUACAUUAAUACUCAUGGACCUGGAAAUUGGCGCAACCUUCCCAAAAAUGCAGGUCUUCAAAGAUGUGGCAAGAGUUGUCGGCUUCGAUGGACGAAUUACUUGAGACCUGAUAUCAAGAGAGGAAGAUUUUCCUUUGAAGAAGAAGAGACUAUCAUUCAGCUCCAUAGUGUCUUGGGAAACAAGUGGUCGGCUAUAGCUGCUAGAUUACCGGGAAGAACAGACAAUGAAAUAAAAAAUUACUGGAACACCCACAUAAGGAAGAGAUUGCUUCGGAAUGGAAUUGACCCCGUUACUCAUACUCCACGUCUCGAUCAUCUAUUUGACAUAUCCUCCAUUAAUAUUCUAAGGUCAGCUUUAUUAGGAGGAACCAAUCCAUCAUUUCUGAGCCUAUUAGGUGGUGCUCAAGCUUUGAUGAAUCCAGAAUUGUUAAAGCUAGCUGCAACUGCCACACUAUUAAACAACAACAACAACAACAUGAAUUUGGUUUCACAAAAUCCACAACAAAUUAAUAAUGUUGCUAAUUGUACUCAACAACUAGUGCAAAGUCAAGUUUACCCUCAAGAUCAAUUUCAAAUACCAACUCAAAUCCACAAUGUGAAUAAUGGCUUAUUAGGAAACAUGAGUUGUUCAAGUUCAGCUGAAAAUUCAAAUGGUUAUUUUGGAGAGGAUUUGAUAUCUAAACAAUAUUCAGAAUUGUUUCAUUGUCUUAACGAUGUAAACAAAAAUAAUACGGGGUAUGAAUCGGUUAUAUCGUCCACACCUUUAUCCACAACACCAACGCCAACACCAUUGAAUUCACCAUCAACAUAUGUGAAUAGCAACACAGAGGAAGAAAGGGACACAUAUUGCAGUGACAUAUUCAAAUUUGAGAUUCCAGAGGGUACUUUGGACAUUAAUGAUUUCAUGUAAAUAUGUGUAUAUAUGAUUGUGUUUGUAAACUGAAGGGUUGUUAGUUUGCAUUCUUUAUUCUUGGUGUUAUUUAG